AUGACUGUCAAGUACCCUCGGUUUUACUCCUCCCCCGUGGAUCAGGAAACAGACUCAACCCCUCUACAACUCUAUGGCCUAGAGCAGCGAGAACCCUCCAUCUACGGCAAACCUCCCAAACUACUCCGCCGAGUCUCGCAUGUCCUGGGCGAUAUUCGCGAAGACCUGUCGAUGGACGCUCGCCAAACCACCGAAAAGCUCAAGCGUCGCUCAACCAUGCUCUACGAUGGGCCUUUUACUGCUCCACCAUCUCGCUCAGAGGCUCCGAUGACAUCCCACGGACCCCCGCGGUCGCGGCCGAUGUCCAUCAUCUCCUUCGAUAACUGGUCUUCUCCGACACGAGGAAUGAGCCAGCGACUCUCCCGCCGGUUGUCAGUCUUCUCUUCGCGAAGCAAGCCUGCCAGCUCCAAGGGAGCCAGCAUAUCUUCGCCGAAUUUGAUCGGUUCAUCGACCCAAUACGGCAACAGGAGUCAAGCUUCGUUCAUUUAA